CCUAGCUGCAACCCUAACCCUAACCCUAGCUCCAACCGUAACCCUAGCUCCAACCCUAACCCUAACCCUAACCCUAGCUCCAACUCUAACCCUAGCUGCAACCCUAACCCUAACUCUAGCUCAAGCCCUAACCCUAGCUGCAACCCUAACCCAAACCCUAACCCUAACCCUAGCUCCAGCCCUAACCCUAGCUCCAGCCCUAAACCUAGCUGCAACCCUAACCCAAACCCUAACCCUAACCCUAGCUCCAGCCCUAACCCUAGCUGCAACCCUAACCCUAGCUCCAACCCUAACCCUGACCCUAGCUAAAACCCUAACCCUAACCCUAGCUCCAACCCUAACCCUAACCCUAGCUUCAACCCUAACCCUAACCCUAGCUCCAACCCUAACACUAACCCUAGCUCCAACCCUAACCCUAACCCUAACCCUAGCUGCAACCCUAACCCUAACCCUAAACCUAGCUCCAACCCUAAACCUAGCUCCAACCCUAACCCAAACCCAAACCCUAGCUCCAACCAUAACCCUAACCCUAACCCUAGCUGCAACCCUAACCCUAGCUUCAACCCUAACCCUAACCCUAACCCUAGCUACAACCCUAACCCUAACCCUAACCCUAGCUCCAGCCCUAACCCUAACCCUAGCUCCAGCCCUAACCCUAGCUGCAACCCUAACCCAAACCCUAACCCUAACCCUAGCUCCAGCCCUAACCCUAGCUACAACCCUAACCCUAACCCUAGCUGCAACCCUAACCCUAACCCUAACCCUACUGCAACCCUAACCCUAACCCUAGCUCCAACCCUAACCCUAACCCUAACCCUAGCUCCAACCCUAACCUCAACCCUAGCUCUAACCCUAACCCUAGCUCCAACCCUAACCCUAACCCUAACCCUAGCUACAACUCUAACCCUAACCCUAGCUACAACCCUAACCCUAACCCUACCUCCAACCCUAACCCUAAACCUAGCUCCAACCGUAACCCUAACCCUAGCUUCAACCCUAACCCUAACCCUAACCCUAGCUGCAACCUAACCCUAACCCUAGCUCCAACCCUAACCCUAGCUGCAACCCUAACCCUAACCCUAGCUCCAACCCUAACCCAAACCCUAACCCUAGCUCCAACCGUAACCCUAACCCUAACCCUAGCUGCUAACCCUAACCCUAACCCUAACCCAAGCUUCAACCCUAACCUUAACCCUAGCUCCAACCCUAACCCUAACCUUAACCCUAGCUGCAACCCUAACCCUAACCCUAGCUCUAACCCUAACCCUAACCCUAGCUGCAACCCUAACCCUAACCCUAACCCUAACCCUAGCUCCAACCCUAACCCAAACCCUAACCCUAGCUCCAACCAUAACCCUAACCCUAACCCUAGCUGCAACCCUAACCCUAGCUCCAGAUCUCCAGAUCUCAGAUCUUGUUCACAAAACACAAAGACACACAAAAUUCAGUUCCAGUUGAGAUGAGAUACUCGGGUUCUAUUGGUUUUGUGCUUUGACGGCGAAGGGUAUGAGAUUGUUUUUAAGCUGUGCUCUGUUGUAUCCGAGUGUCCUGUACCUGCCUCCAGAGGGCAGUAAUGUGAGGUACUGAUGUGUUGGUUUGGGUUUAAUGUGUUUACGUUUCAUCAAAACAUACACAGUCAAUAAAAUUAAAUAUAACAACAAACAUCAGUGUACCAACAGCUUAUCUUAAAGAAGGCUGACAAAUUGGUAGGCUUAACUUGUCAGUGCUUAACAUAAUAGGAUUAUAAAAACAGCUCGGUGGAAAACUCCCUUGGAAACAGUAUUCAGGUCAAUAUUUAGAGUAUUUACCGUACAGAUGUACUCCUUGAGUACUGUAUUAUUGACAGCUAACAAAAUGACAAGUAAAUGUUUAUAUAAAAGAAAUUAUGUUUGUUUUUUUAUUAUCAUAGACUGUAUAAACUAUGGACAACUUGGUUCCACCUCCCAUCAUAAUAAACAAAUUUGAAGCUGAAAAGCUCUCAGUAUUUCCUUUUUUUUUUCUUUACUUCCUGAAACCAAUAUUGCGCAGUAGCAUUGUACGCAUUCAGCGGGAGAGUUGCCGAGAGUUGCUGUGAUGACGUUCAGCGUACUCCUCGGGUAAGCUACGUAAACUGUACGCUCAUUGACUGUAUCAAGUGUUAAACAUAGUAAACAUGAACCCCAGAAUAACUUUUAAAAAUGGAGCUGUACAGAAAAAAGAGGACUUGAGCAGAAACCAGUCUUACUGUAACUAUAUGUCAAAAGUUUAUAUUCUGUGUAAUUAAUUUCAAAAGUUUGUCUACAGCUCCAUAGGGAUUACUGGACGAGAUGGGAUUUAUGACCUAUACUGCAGCCCGUCACCAGAGGGUGCUGUUCUCGUGGUGGUUUCACCCAGCGAGGAGGCCGGCGGCGUCCAUUUUAUAUACAGUCUAUGGUUUUUAUUCUUUAGAGCCGCACAGACUUGCAUCCUUUUGUUCCUUCUUGCUGUGCUUUUAUUGCCGUUUCAGAUGCUUUGAAAUGAGGAUAAUGCCUCUUAGACAAAGAUGACAGAAAUUUCAUCUCUUUCUCUGUCUGACCGGUAGUUGUAUUAAGCAGAAAGAGAGAUGAGACAGACUGGACUCUGCUUUUAUAAGGAGACGCUUACAAUUAAAAUCAGCUGACAGGAAAUGUUGCAUUACAAGCCUCGUGUGUGUGUGUGUGUGUGUUUGUGUCCAUGCAGCUCCCUGUGCCUGCUGCUGUGCUAGCACUGAUGUACCUGGAGAGGCUGCUGCCUUGCUCCAGCAGAAGUCAACCUCUGCUUGACAACAAGUCGACAUACGGCACAAGUCAGAGUUUUGACAUUGACGAAGGUGAGGUUUAAUCUGUAUGUGUGUAUUUUUGUAAACAUCCUAUUUCUGUGAAACUACAGACCUCUCAGUGUCUCUGUCUCUUCAGGUCAAGAGGGUUUCUUUGGCUGCUGUCACCCUGCCAAAUUCCACAGUCAUCCAGCGUCAUUCUUUGUCCUCCAUGCUUUGGGUGGAGCCAUGCUUUUCAUAACUGACGGGAUCAUAGUAAGACCAACUGUUCAUACUGCACGUAAACUUAAAAAACAAUACUAUGCUGUCCACCAUGACAUUUUUUAAAGGGCAAAUACCAAUACAGAAAAAACUCUAAAACUCCAAAACAAAACUUUUUUGAUGUCUUUUUGAUCUCACCUAUGGAGCCUGGGAGGUGACAUGAACUUUUAAUUUUUUAAUUCGCACGUGCAAUUGAGUAUCUUGAAUGUUCGUCUUAUAUGCAUCUGAUAUGAGUGUCUCACACAUGCGUUUUUGUAAAUAAUCCUCCACACACUUCAUUUGUUAAAGAAGGACAGUGUCAUGGGCAGAGAGCAUAUUGUCAACAUUUUCUUUCUGUGGCUUUAUAGCUUUGCCACAUUUGGUGUUGUUUUGAGUUGGAGACACCUCAGCAGGAUCUUUACAGCACAGGGACUUUGCCGUUGGUGAUAUUCUGACUUGCAGGAAGUCAUUUUGUUUAAUAAUGAACAGUUAAAUCGCACCUGUGAUAUAAUAAAAUGCACCUGCGAGAUACUAAACCACACAUGCAAAAGUCAAUGUCACCUCCUGGGCUCCGUACUAACCUGAGACUUUAAACAUCAAAUAAGGAAGUUAACAGGCAACUUAAGGCCAAAUAUCAGCCGGAGUUGAUCAGCUAAUAACCAAACUCCAAAAAGUUGUAGCUGUAGAAGGGCACCAAUAAUGAAAUGUGAGGGAAAUUCAUGCUCGCAGAGAAGUUUAAAAGUGAGGUUACAGUCGUUGUAUUGAGUUGGAUAGGUUACUCCUACAGUAAGCAGUUGUAGCUGCAGCCGUGACUAGAACACACAACUUGUGGGAGCAAUAAAAUAAUAUAAUUGCUGGUUCCUUUGCCAUAAGUACUUAAGACAACAUUGCAUCAGGGAUGAACAAAUCUGAAUAAAGACAUGACGCACUUCAAGUUCAGAACAACAAACAGGUCCAUACAACUGAACAGACAUGAUUGAAUGUUAAAAGUCUGAAGAAUAAUCACUCUGAAUGUGUUCUCAGUUAUCCAACGGUUCGACCAUGCAUCCACAGUAACCCAGCAAACAGAGACAGCUAAUGGUUGAUAUGAUUCAGCUCCAUCCUGCCAGUGAUAACUAGAAAAUGCCCUCUGAUCUGUCACGAUCGCCUGCUGUGUUUUUUUGUCCUGUAGGGCUCCUACGCUGGCUUUCUCUACACUUAUGCAGUGUCCCCUCCUCUGCUCAUGAGUCACAAGACUGCAGGAUGCCUGGACAGCAUAUUCUGGGCCGCUAUAACGUUAGGGAGGCUGGCUUUCAUCUACCUCUCCUACAAAUACUCACCGUCCAAGCUGCUCACCUUUAGUCUGGUAGGUCUGAUAUCCCGGUGCAUCAGAUACCAUACAGCAGAUGUUGUUUGAGAGUUAUAAUCAAAUAUUUGUCUUGGGAAAAUCACCAGACCUCAUCAGGUGGUUUCAUUUAGAGGAGGAUUAAAUAUGUACACGGACAACAGGAUCUCAAAGCAGACUGCUUUGUUGCACUUAAUGUUUUAUUGGGGCUGUCAAAACAAAAGCAUGUUUGUGAUGUGAAUAAAUUGGCCUCUCUAACUCUCUCUUCUGCCAUUCACUGACGUUGCAUUUACUUUCAGGGUGUUAACUGGUUAGCACUUAGUAAAAAUCUGAAGCAAAUUUUUUAAACCAAAGGGUUGUUGCAGUAAGCUUUUUUGUAGUUUUUAGAGUCCUUGCAUAUGGCAACAUAUAGCAUUCACUUACAAAAAAAGAAAAAGGAAGCUGUUUUUGUUAAUAUUCUUUUCUUUGCUGUUUUUCAGACUGAUUUUUUUCUUCUUUCUUUUUUUUCCAUCUUUUUUUUGUACUAAUGUUUUCCCCCUCUUUCCGUUUUUCAGAGCAACAUUUUUUUUUCUGUCUCUGUUUUUUGGACUAUUUUUUUCCUGACUAUGCGAGAUACUACAAAAUCAUGCGAGAAUCUCAUACAAUCAGAUAACGUUAACAAUCGCGGCUGCUCCAAAUCAGUGAAUUCUCCGGCUUCUAGAUAACUUUGACUACGGGGUCAAUGAGAGUAAAGCAUAUUAUUAGUUAAACAUAGGGUAUGGAAAUCCUGAGGCGCUUCCACGAAGUAGACAAACUUAUGAUGAUUCCAUCUAUCUGACUUAAAGAAAGGAGUAUCUAACAGUGUCUCAAACCCCAAGAAAGUAAAACUUGAUUAAACUAAACAGGUGGGCCAUGUUUGCGUCACAUAAAUCGAGCAGAGGGGGAUAAAAGCAUCUAAUGAAAGCGUUACAUGAUCAUGAUCCCAGAGAAUAGGAAAACAGUAAGUCUGAAAAACAAAACAAAAAAUUACCCUGAAAAAAAAACAACAGAAAAAAUACUCUGGAAAACAGUAAAAAUAUUAGUCAGAAAAACAUAAAUAUAUAUGUUCUGAAAAUCAGAAAAAAAAAUUAGUCCGAAAAACAGAAAAAAAAAUUUACCCUGAAAAACAGAACAGAAAAAAAUUAUUCAGAAAGACAGAGAUUUUUUUAUUUUUAUUGGUAAUUGCAAUCUGCUUCUGUACUUCCAUGCUGGCGUUACACCUGAACAAACUAUGUGAAUAAAUAUUUGAGGUUUCAUUACCUUUAAAAGUUCUUGUUAAAGAGGAGACAGACUGCUUAUUGUUUCACCAACUCCUGAGGACAUUCCUCCAGUAGUUUAGCCUGCUGUUUAUAACUGUCAGAGGAAAAAAAGUUUCUUUGUCUUCGUUUUCUAAAACUAUCUGCCAGAAAAAAAAGUUAAAGUGGAUAAUAGAGAUCACACUUGUAACAUAAAAAAAAAUCAGCUCAUGAAUCCACAGCCAUCAUGUCAGUCCACUCAGGUCCACUCCGUGUAAGGGUCGGUUCUGCCCUCUAGUGGUGUGAAAGGGGGACAGCACAAACAACACAAGAGUUAAAUCAACAUUUUGAAGCUUUGGCACAGAGUCGACCAUGUCACCAGAUUUGAGGUCAUUUUAACAUUUGAUUUUCUGAAGGCUGAAUAUUACAACACAAAUGUUGAAACACCAAAUAAGCCCUAAAUGAAGACGGGCUCAGAGGUUCUACUCCAUGUUACUGUGGUACAUGAAUGUUGGUGUUCCUCCUCUAAACUCUGCACAGGGUUUCUUUGAUUAUUUCAAAUGUAGCUGAGGAUUUAUCCUAUUAUUUUGUGAUUUGGAUAAGGAAAAAAGGUCAAAUCAAUUUUGCUUGGUAGUAACAGACUCACUUGAUGUCUGUUGCUCUGUCUGUUUUGGGAGCAGGAUAUGUGAUGAGGAAACUCGACCAAAGCAACAGGACAGAAACAAAAGCAUGUGAGAAAAUGUUGCUCCUUGAGUUCUUUGAGAACUAUUUUUAACUAUUACCAGAGCUAUCCAAGCGAAUGUCAUUUUGAGAAGAAGAUGCUUGAACGUUAGAGCUGCUUACCCAUGGGGGCGAGGUUUGGGAUGUUUUGAUCCCACGUGUGCUUCUGUAGGUCUGCAGAGCUGAUAUCUGCUGCUUUAAUGAUCGGGUCCUGUCUUUCUGCAGUUUUGAUGUUGUUUCUGUUGUGCUCUCACAAAGAAACAAACGCCUGCACAGAACUUAAUAAAGUUAAAAAACUCAAUAUUUCAGAGGAGGCAGCUUUAUAGAAAACAUUAUGCUUGUAGGACAUGCUUUCUGAGUUGUAUUCAAACCAUGACUGUUGCACACAGAUAGAGCAGCAGUGCAGAAUGCAGAGUAAAGCCUGCAUGUUGUUAAUGCUGCUUAGGCGCAGUGUAGCUGUGCCCUGGUUUAACCUGUCCUAUUGUAUCUCAGCAAACAGGAAAUGAGGCAUCAUUGUUAACCUACAUACCAAACAGCUGAUAGAACAAUCCCAUCCUCGGUGACAGAUAAAUAUGUCUGCAGGUAUUUCACCUCUGAGGUUACCUUGGAUGACUCCAUUUGCUUUUGUAAUCAUGACCUUAUAUGAGGUGACAUGGGCCGAAAUAGCUCAGUUGGGAGAGCGUUAGACUGAAGAUCUAAAGGUCCCUGGUUCGAUCCCGGGUUUCGGCAGCUGGGAGUGAGGUUUUACGAUUACGAUUCCUUUCACAAUCAUAUCUUUACUGAAAUCACUAUCCUUGUGUUAAAGGGUUAUUCCUGCAUAAAAUUAAGUUAGGGUCAAACACAGAUAGAUGUUGUAGAGUGAUAGAUGUUGCCGACCGCAUGUCUCUCUGGUUAUACCAACUUUAAUAACGACCGCAUGAUAGCAAUACAUAGCAGUCCCAGAAGCCAUAAAUAAAACUCAACCAAAAAGCCACUCUGUAGCCACAAAUAAUACUCAGAACAGCACCUAACUUCAUCAACAGUACAUAUAGGGUCCUUGCCACAGCACUAGCCAUCAAACAUCUUUUUAACUUUGCCUAAUUUCUUUAGCAAAGAGACUAAACACAACUUACCUGCUCUUAUCCUGCAGCAGCUUGUUUGAAGCGAGACCUCCGGGCCAGUCCAUUAAGGACUGUUGUGGGGUGACGCAGCUCAAGGAGGAACAUUUAUGAUAAUUUCUUUAUCAUUUCCUUGAAGUAAUAAACACCAUAUUAUUUAUUUUGCACUGCAGACGCGGUAGUUCCUCUGCCGUAGCCUCUCGGUCUGAAUGCAUUUCCAUGAAGAAAUGAUCAUGCCCUACAACAUUUGCAACAAAAACUGCAAAAUUACAGUGUAUAGUAGAACCAUGAUCAGAUAUGUUAUUGUGUGUUUUUCUAGUUAUUCAGCCCUCUAGAUUCUGGAUUAACAUUUCCAAAGAGCUCUUGUUACUUUCGUUCUCCUUUCGGCAUUUUGUUGAGCUUCAGCAGGACUCUGCAAGCAUGAUGAGUUCUUCUUUUUCUGGUGGAGUUUCCCAGAGAAAAUCCAGCCAUCCUCACUCAGUGUGUGUUUCAGGUGGGGGUCAUACUGGUGCAGUGCCUGCUGUUGAUUUUCUACACCAGCUGUGAGUUCUUCUUCGUCGGGACAUGUGUGUUGGGAUUGUGUAUCAGCAGUGUGUUCCCCUCUGUGCUGGCCUUCACAGAGGACAUACUGGAAUACAAAGGUAAAGCAACACACAGUUUGAUGCACACAAACUCUCAGCACCCCUUAAUGUCCCAUACACAGACAGGCACUAAACAUUUGAAGUUCUCUGGGAUUUUGCUGUAUUGUUAUUGGCAGAAAAAGAAGUGUGCAUAGUUAAGUGGAACAGUCCUAACCUUCUUUUUACUUAUCCAGGAGUGAUUCAUGUUUGAUCUCCAGUUCAUGUACGAAUUUUCUUGCAUGUUGCAGGUUGUGCCACAACAGUCCUGGUGACAUGUGCCAGCACAGGAGAGAUGAUGCUGCAGCUGCUCACUGGAUUUGUAAGAAAUAGUUUCCCAACUUUCUUUGAAUGUGCUUCGCUAACUUUGUUUUUAAUCUAAUAUUUUUAGGCUAAUUUCUACAUGUUGUCUUUGAGAUAAUACAUCAGCAUCUACUGUACGGAGCUUUUUGAUCCACUGCCUCUUUAUCUUCUGGUUUCUAGUAAUCUAUUAUGAGAAAAUAAGAUCAGUGAUGCACGUUUGAUUUGAUUAAAGAGGAAGGAGAAUCUUGUGGUUAAACUCGUCCUCAACCUCAGUUCAGGAGUGUUUUGAUGUCACCGCUAACUCCCUUGCUGCAGGCUAAUAAAGCCAUCCAGGAUUUGUGCGUCUGCUCUCUGUGCCUGAAUGAUUUGAGUGUGAAGUAAACACUGCCUCUACAAACCUGUUCUGAGGCUACACUAGUGUUAGGUAGUCUAAGGAGAGGAACCCAGUGUGACUGUAAAGACUGUAUGUGUCCCUGCAGGUGAUCCACAGUCAGGGCAGUUACUCCUUCCUCCUGUGUUGCUCGAUAUCAUCGCUCAUCAGCUUCUGUCUCUUCCUGCUGUUUCUCUACGUAAAGUACAUCCACAAAAACCUUCACACAGGUAAGCGCAUAUCAGGCAGAUGACCUCCUCACUUGGGGACUUGAGGUUUGGUGAUGUGAUUACAAUACUAUGUGAGUGAACUUCAACCUUGGUAGGGCUGGGCGAUAAAACAAUAAUGAUAAAUAUAAAAAAUUAAUUUACCUUGAUAUCAAUAUAAAACAUGAUCAAUAUACUUUUGCUGGCCAGUAUUCUGCCAUGUUUUGGUAGACAAUACAAGCCACUGAAGAGGGGAGGUACUCUGAGUCCACUUCACGCUGAACCAAUCAUGCACUGAAUUAGAACCAAGUAGCAAAUAACCGCCUAGUGGCAGGCUGCAGCUACGCGCAACCAGAGCACUUUAACAUGUGGGGCUGACAGCACUGUUGGUGAGGAAAAAGAAAAUGAGUGCUACCCCUGGCGAUAUGUAUCGAUAGCGACUGAUAUGAAGAAAAAAUAUCAUGAUAAACUUUUUCCUAUAUCACCCAGCCCUAAACCUUGGGCUGUAAAACAAAUGAGUGCACGUUUCAUCAGUUUGUAAAGCCAGUCUGCAGUCUCUCUCAGAGCCAGCGAUGGUCAAGUCUAGUGGUGCGAAUCAAAGCCUGCAUGAAAGCAGAUGGAAAAAAUGGCUCUGCUUCUCUCUUUGUUUUCUACUUCAUUGAACAUUUUCCUAAUAAGUUUUGGUCUGAGCUGCGGUUUUAAGCCCAUUUUAACGCAGCGUGAUACUAAUUACAUUGAAGAUGAAAGCAAGGCUAUGGCAGAGUAUGCUUUGGGUCAGACUGUUCAGUGAUCAGCUACCAGAGCAACAUGUGGACAGAUGAAGAAAUUAAUCAAUCUAAUAGUUAUCCGGAUGCUGUUUGGGGUUGCCAGCCUAUCACAGACUCAUGCCUAUGAGCAAGUUAGAGUGGCUUUGAGACUGCUGGAGGAAGCCUUACAUAAGUUAGACUGUACUGCCCUUGACUUUAAGUUCUCAGAUCGCUGUUACAGGGCAAAAUGAUUCCCAGUAAAAUACUCAGCAGUGCACACUCGUUUAUCUAAAUACGCCUCCACGUGUAAAUCUCAACCAAAAAGCCACUCUACAGCCACAAAUAAUGCUCAGAACAGCAGCUAACUUCAUCAACAGUACAUAUAGGGUCCCAGCCAUAGUACUAGCCAUCAAACAUCUCUUUAGCUUUGCCUGAUUUCUCUAGCAAAGAGAGUAAACACAACUCACCAACUCUUCUCCAGCAGCCGCUUGUCGUUUACUGAGUGUAGCGGAGUUUCACAGCUCAAAGAAGAACAUUUAUGAUUAUUACUUUAUGGAAAUGCAAUCAGACCGAGACGCUAAGGCAGAGGAACUACCGUGUCUGCAGUGCAAAAUGAUUGUUAUGAUGAUUAUUACUUCAAGGAAAUGAUCCGAUGUGUUUGACCCAAACUUGAUUUUAUGCUGGAAUAUCCCUUUAAGUACAUUUUUUGUGAGUGAGGUUUCCCAGAUUCUAAUGAGAUAAUGAGCUUGGUUGAGCCAACUUCUUUCGGUAUUUUCCUGGCCAAGAAAAGCCCUCCAGUCAACAUGAGUAAUUCAAUUUUGUUGUGACUCAGUGUUAAAUUAAACAGAGACAGCUCGGUGAACUUUUAAGGUUUUGUUCCAGAAAUUUCCAGAAACAUUUCACGAACGGAUGUUUAUUUUGCCUCUGUGCUUUUUCAUUCUCAGAUUUGGCUGAAAACACAGAAAUGAAAGAAAAGCCAAAGACCGAAGAAUCCUGACCAGAGGACCCAAAAGAGAGACAGGUCAGACAUGAAUGAGGACGAUAAAAAGGGACGACAGGUGCAAUAAUCUCUCCAGGUCUUAACCCUGUGUUCAAGGACUUUACCCAGUUUCCCCAAAAGGAACCCUUUAAAGCCUGAUGAUCAAGCAGCUCCCUGGAUGACUGUUACUUGAAGAGAGAAGUUGUGUGGGCA